AUGGCAAUGGAAGCGGAGGCGCAUCAGCUGCCCAGCUCGAUCCCCGAGUCUCACGUCCUCAUCAUCAUGACGGGCGGCACCAUCUGCAUGCAGCGGUCGCCCUCAGGAUUCGUCCCCGCAAGAGGCUUUCAGGAGAAUUGUCUGGCUCGGCUACCUACGUUUAACGAUGGGUCGCGUCCCUUGCCCAUGGAGGUGGUUGUCAAUGAGGCCGGGGAGCGCAAGAAAUACCCCAGUCUGCGCACUCCGCCCAGUGCGUAUGACCGUCGGGUCCGCUACACCGUGUUCGAGUUCGAGGAGCUGCUCGAUAGCAGCUCGAUCGACGCCAAAGGGUGGGCGGAGAUCGCCCGGACCAUCUCCUACAACUACACGCUUUUUGACGCCUUCGUCGUCUUACACGGCACCGACAGUCUGGCAUACACCUGUUCGGCGCUCAGUUUCAUGCUGCAGAACCUUGGCAAACCGGUCAUCCUGACGGGGUCCCAGGCACCGAUGCUGGAGCUGCAGAACGAUGCUGCUGAUAACCUUCUCGGGUCGCUGGUGGUGGCUGGCCACUUCAUGAUCCCGGAGGUUUGUCUCUACUUUAACUACAAACUGUUCCGUGGGAAUCGCGCAACCAAGGUUGCUGCAAGCGACUUUGCCGCGUUCGAUUCGCCGAAUUGCCCGCCGCUGGCGGUGACCACGUCCAUGCGGACGCAGGUGGCCUGGGAUCUGGUGCGCCGGCCCACCAAGCUCGAGCAUUUCAGCAUCCAGACCAACCUCGACACGAAUCACGUGGCGUGUCUGCGGAUCUUCCCCGGCAUCAAGCCGGAGAUGGUGGAUGCGGUGCUCAAACUGGAAGGCCUGCGAGGCCUGGUGCUGGAGACAUUUGGUGCUGGGAAUGCACCGGGAGGACAAGACAAUGCGAUGACCAAGGUUCUGGCCAAUGCCAUCCGGCGGGGCAUUGUCAUUGUCAAUGUGACUCAAUGUCUGUCAGGAAGCGUCAGUCCCGUCUACGCCCCCGGGAUGACCCUUUCUCGUGCGGGCGUUGUUGCCGGUCAGGAUAUGACAACGGAAGCGGCCCUGACCAAGCUUUCCUAUCUGCUUGCCCUCCCAGGCGCAACACCGGAAUCGGUGGCCCGGGACAUGUCUGUGUCCCUGCGGGGAGAACUGACGCAGCAUUCUCAGCCCAUGUUCCGUCACCCGGAGGGAGGCCUACCGGAACAAGCCAAGAUCCUCACCGCGCUGGGCUAUGCUAUUGCCCAGGGAGAUCUGGAGAAGGUGAAGGAUAUCAUGAAGGGCGAGAAUAGCUGGGUGCUGAACGAUACUGAUUACUCGGGGAACACGCCAUUGCACAUCGCCGCAACGUCGCCCUCGGUAGAGAUCCUGCGCUACUUCCUGCUACAGGGAGCAUCAGUGCAUCUCCGCAACAGCGCGGGCCGGACACCGCUCUUCCUGGCGGCCAACGCGGGCCUGACAGAGCAUGUGGUGCUGCUCCGCAAGUCGGGGGCGCAUCUCCACGCGGACGAGAGGGCGGUGGCGGAGAUGCAGGCACGACAGCGGCCGGGCGUGUGGGCUCUGGCGGGCGUGGGACCCAAGACGAUGAAGGAGAGGGAUCUGGCGGAGGAGGAGGCUGCGAAGGGUGACGUGACGAUCGCUGCUGGGUCUGCGCCAGCUUGA